AUAAUGUUAUUAUCUCUAAAGAAAUCUCUAUAGAUACAGACAAAGAAUUAGGUGAAAUCUCUGACAAUACUAGUGAUGAUAUCAAAUUAUCUAUCUGUAAUACUUGUACAAAAAGAAAACAUACAUACAUCGAUAUAGAAACACAGACAGAUACAAUUAUAUAUACUGAGACAAUGAUACCAGAUGUCUAA